AAAUCUCUUGGGAAAAUCUCUGGAAGAAAACGCUUUGUCGCCACCACUGUCCCCGCACCAAUGCUGCCUGCCACCAUCUACGGGAACAAGUAAAGCCCGCACCCGACUGUUUCACCGAGGACUUACUCCGUUAUCGCUUCUUGGGGGCCCGCAGCAAAUCCAUCUUUUUUUUUUCGCCUUUUUCCACGCACUGAGGACGCCACAAUCAUGCAUAAACGUUCGUCGUUCAUGGCAAUGUCGAACGCUAGCCAGGCUACGGCUGUCGAUGCACCCUAUUCUGAUGAGCCUGGCUACUUCAUCAAACAUCUGAACGAUCCGAACUUGGACCUCGAGGAUAUCAAGCUAGAGCCUUUGAGGCCUGGAGUCGCGCUAGAUAAGCUUGGAUACAAGCAUUCUCCCACCUACACCGCCUCAGAGGUCGAUACCGAAUCAAAUUUGAACACUCCUCAGAGAUAUUCAGAUUUGGAUGUAUCCCCGCAUUCGAGCGAAGAGAACUUCAAUGACCAGUCCCUAUAUCCCGAAGUCCGUGCUGCCGUUUCGUGCGUCGAUGAUCCCAAUAUGCCUGUAAAUACUUUCAGGAUGUGGUUCAUCGGUCUUCUUUGUACUUUGAUUCUUCCAUGCAUAAAUUCAGCGAUGGAAUUGCGAUAUCCCUCGCUUUACAUAUCAAGUCUAAUCAUCCAGCUGAUUACUUUACCUUUUGGUAAGGCACUAGAAAGAAUCCUCCCUCAGACGAGAUUCAACACGUUCGGGUUCGUCUGGUCGUUGAAUCCGGGGCCGUUCAACAUCAAGGAACAUGUUUGUAUCACGGUGAUGACCAGCGUCGCAUCUCCAGGGUAUGCGACCGACGUCAUACUAGCCCAGCGGAUCUUCUAUCACCAAACAUUAUCAUUUGGAUACCAACUGCUUCUCGUUCUCGGCGUUCAGGCUUACGGAUUCUCAUUGGCCGGGAUUCUUCGCCAAUAUGUCGUCUGGCCACCGAGCAUGAUCUGGCCGGGGGCGAUCGUUAAUUGCGCUCUUUUCAACACUCUGCACAAGACGUAUGGACAUCACGAGCGAGGAGGGAUGACCCGCGAGAGAUUCUUCUUGCUCUUCUUCAUCGGCAGUCUCGUUUACUAUUUCAUCCCCGGCUACCUCUUCACCGCACUCAGCGUUUUCAACUGGAUAUGUUGGAUUGUACCGAAUAACGUCAAAGUGAAUUCGUUGUUCGGUGCAUAUGGGCUGGGCAUGAGCGUUUUGACGUUUGAUUGGUCGAUGAUAUCAUAUCUAGGCAGCCCGUUGGUAACCCCCUGGUGGUCUGAGGCAAAUGUUAUGGUUUCAUUUGCACUGUUUUUCUGGCUCGUAGCCCCCAUCAUGUAUUUCAGCAAUGCCCUCAAUACAGCUUACAUGCCGAUUUCGUCGUACUACUCGUAUGACAAUAAGGGAUCGACUUAUAAUGCUAGCCUCGUUAUCACCGAUGGCGUCCUCGAUACCGAGAAAUAUCAGGCCUACUCUCCCAUUUUCCUUCCGGCAACCCUGUGUCUUGCCUACGGGCUGAGCUUCGCCAUGUUCCCUGCUGUCGUCGUCCACACGUUUUUGUGGUUCCGCCAAGACAUUGUUCGUCGAUUCCGAUCAUCUCUGAAGGAUGAGCGUGAUGUUCAUUCACGACUGAUGCAGGCAUACCCGGAAGUCCCUCGUUGGUGGUAUGCGGUCGUCGGGGUUUGCGGCGUCAUGUUCCUAUUUGUGGCCAUAGAGAUAUUCCCUACCCAGCUCCCCAUAUGGGCUGCUCUCCUUGCGAUCCUGUUCUCAGCGGUGACUGCACUUCCGUUGGCCAUGAUACAUGCCGUCUCAAAUAUGUCCAUCACAUUCAAUGUUAUGUGCGAGCUCAUUGCAGGAUACAUGCUCCCCGGAAAGGCCGUCGCCAAUGUCAUCUUCAAGUCGGUGGGGGUAAUGGGCUCGACCCAGGCUGCUACCUUUUCUGGAGACCUGAAGUUGGGCCAUUAUAUGAAGAUCCCUCCGCGGACGAUGUUUUCUAUUCAGGUCGUUUCAGUCAUCAUAGCGGCUUUUGCGUCGGUGGGCACCCAGAAUUGGAUGUUUGCGAACGUCGAAGAUCUAUGUUCGUCCACGCAGAAAGAUGGCUUCGUAUGUCCAUCUUCGAAUACCUUUGCUACGGCAUCGUUCAUCUGGGGAGGUAUCGGACCUACUCGGGUAUUUUCGCCUGGCGCAUCAUAUAAUUCGUUAUUAUGGUUCUUCCUACUCGGCGCCCUUCUCCCCAUCCCCUGCUACUACCUCGCACGUCGUUUCCCGCGCUCAAGUUGGCGAUAUGUCAAUAUCCCUGUUUUCUUUGCGGGAGCUUUAUCCAUUCCUCCGGCAUCAGGGAUGAACUACGCAUCAUGGGCCCUGGUUGGGUUUAUAUUCAACUUCUAUAUUCGCCGCCGAUACUUCCGUUGGUGGAUGCGAUACAACUACGUUCUUUCAGCGGCGCUUGACGCUGGCACUGCCGUUGCCAUCGUUCUAUUGUUCCUCUGCCUGCAACUGCCGAGGGGUGGGAUUGAAUUGAAAUGGUGGGGUAAUACAGUUUGGCAGCAUACAGCGGACGUUUUGGGUACGCCGUUGAAGUCUCUAAAUCCAGGAGAGACUUUUGGACCGUCGACUUGGUCAUAGGAGUUCCUCAUUACAUACCCGUUUGCUAAUGAGAUACCACUGUCAUUAACCAUUGUCUUAUAGAUAGCAUGUAUUUUCUAUGCCCGUAUGUAGCCUUGUCCUCUUGGGAUAACUUGAAACGUGAAAAUGAACUGAGACUAGUGUCCGGAGGUUUGUGGAUGUGGAGGCGUAAGCCGGAGAGGAAGUAGUCCACUACCCCGAGUAAUUUUUAAAUCCAUCUUUUAGACUCGUCGUUUCCUUUUGUCGUCUGGGCUUAAUUCAUUGGAAGAUGCCGAAAUUCAUACAUUGACUCCAAAUGA